UUGAUGGCGUGUACUUCCGGUUAAUGCGUUGUCAAAUGACAAAAAUAAUGAUGUUACCGGCGAUGGCUAAAUUACGGUUUUAUUGUAUAUUUCUUCUAUAUAUCUUAAUAAAAUGUGAAAGUGCCAGCGUUGAUACCAUAUCCAGUGAUAUACGAUUCAAAAAUGUCGACAGGACAAUAGAUAUAUCGACGCAACUCGUAAGAAUUACAUCGAAACUAACCUUGGAGAACACUGGGAGUACGCCGGUAAAGAAUUUCUUGAUAGCUGUUGAGAGUUCUGCAAAGAACAAUGCAGCCUUCGCUGGCGCUAAAGACAGCAAUAAUAAAGAUUUGCGAGUCGUCGAAACCACGGUAAAGGGUUAUGAAUACGCCAAGUUCUGGCGUGUUGAUCUGAAGGAAGCUGUGAAUCCGGGAGCGACCCCGCAAAUAACUGUCACGUUAGUUCUAACUAAAGCUCUUCUGCCAUACCCCACAGCCAUUACCCAGCAGGAAGACCAACUAGUCAAAUACAUCGGAAACUUGUACAUAUACUCGCCAUACUACAUCACCUCUCAGAAAACUAGCGUAAUUCUGAGUUCCAAGAGCGUCGAAUCAUUCACGAAGGUGAAGCCGUUCACACAACAGGAUGGUGGUAUACAGUACGGGCCAUAUCCUAAUGUAAAACCAUUCAGUGAGAAGGAAUUAGCCAUUCAUUAUAAAAACAAUUCUCCUUUCUUGACUGUGACACGUAUCGAGCGCCUUAUCGAGGUGUCUCACUGGGGCAACAUUGCUGUAGAGGAGGUGAUUGAGAUUGAGCACACUGGUGCCAAGUUGAAGGGUCCUUUCUCCCGCUAUGACUACCAACAAGACCACCACAGUGGGCCUGCUAGUGUCAGGUCAUACAAGACUCUGCUGCCUGCUUCUGCCUCAGAUGUGUACUACAGAGACACUAAUGGCAACAUCUCCACCUCUAACAUGAAGGUGAAGAAAGACUCGGUGGAACUGGAUCUGAGACCUAGAUACCCAUUGUUUGGAGGAUGGAGAACUCAUUACACUCUGGGCUACAAUGUCCCCAGCUAUGAAUACUUGUACCAAUCUGGCAAUGACUACUUGUUGAAGAUGAGGGUUAUUGAUCACAUCUAUGAUGACAUGCAAGUUGAUGAGGUAGUCACCAAGAUUAUACUGCCUGAGGGUUCAACCAGUGUUAAAGUUAACCUGCCUUAUCCAGUGACUAGAUUGCCUGACAGCCUGCACUACACCUACUUGGACACAAAGGGCCGCCCUGUCAUUUCUUUCACUAAGAAGAACAUUGUUGAGAAUCACAUUGAAGACUUCCAACUGCGCUACACAUUCCCUCGCCUGCUCAUGUUGCAGGAGCCCCUGCUUGUCGUAGGAUUCCUAUACGCACUAUUCCUUUGUGUAAUUAUCUAUGUAAGAUUAGAUUUCUCUAUUCAUAAGGCUGAACACCCUCAUAAAGAUUAAUUUAAUUAAUUAAUACCACUAAUAUAUUUCAUUAUAAUAUAAUUAUAACACAUCUAGUUCUUGUGCAUUUUUACGGUGUUGCAAUAUGUGCUGAAUACAAGUGAUUUUUAAUUAAUUAUUAUUGUAGUUUUAUUGAAAUGUUGAUAAUUCUUAUAAUUACAGUUUUAUGGUCUGAAAUUUUCCUUUAUUGGUAUUUCUUAUUGAUGAACACUCAACUACAUUCUAAUUACCAUGUUAACAAGAGUUGAUAACAAAAAUUUGCAUCUACAAUAAACCAAAAAAGAAUUUUA